GGCACUAGAUAGGUGCAUUGAGUUUGUAGUUACCACAUCCCGACUAGCACAUAAUGGCUGGAAACGCGUGGAGGUCAACGCUGAUAAAACUACUUGAGAGAUGGGGUUUUGGGAUGAGUGACGCGAGGUCUCCGGAAGUGUCCCAUUUAAUGGGAGCUAUAAGGAGUCAGACCCCAAAGCCCAAAACCUUCUCCAGAGGGAUUCAAACAGUAACGUUAAUUCCUGGAGAUGGAAUCGGUCCAGAGAUCUCCACUGCAGUAAUGAAGAUAUUUGAUGCAGCUAAGGCCCCGAUUCAAUGGGAGGAGAGAAAUGUUACCGCCAUCAAGGGUCCUGGGGGCAAGUGGAUGAUUCCCCCUGAAGCCAAAGAGUCAAUGGACAAAAAUAAAAUGGGAUUGAAAGGACCCCUGAAAACACCAAUUGCUGCUGGGCACCCUUCCAUGAACCUGCUGCUGAGAAAAACCUUUGACCUGUACGCCAACGUGCGUCCUUGCAUGUCCAUUGAAGGCUAUAAGACGCCCUACACCGAUGUUGAUCUGGUCACCAUCAGGGAAAACACAGAGGGAGAGUAUAGCGGGAUUGAACAUGUGAUUGUGGAUGGAGUCGUGCAGAGUAUUAAGCUGAUCACAGAGGACGCCAGUAAACGCAUCGCAGAGUAUGCCUUCGAAUACGCCAGGAAUAACCAAAGAAACCAUGUCACGGCUGUUCACAAAGCUAACAUCAUGAGAAUGUCUGAUGGUCUAUUCCUGCGAAAGUGCAGAGAGGUUGCUGAGAAUUUCAAGGAUGUAAAAUUCACUGAGAUGUACUUGGACACAGUCUGUCUCAAUAUGGUGCAAGAUCCCUCUCAGUUUGAUGUGCUGGUUAUGCCUAACCUUUACGGUGACAUCUUGAGUGAUUUAUGUGCUGGAUUGAUUGGUGGUCUUGGAGUCACUCCCAGUGGCAACAUUGGAGCCAAUGGAGUUGCCAUAUUUGAAUCGGUACAUGGAACCGCCCCUGAUAUCGCAGGGAAAGAUUUGGCCAACCCCACUGCCCUGUUGCUCAGUGCCGUCAUGAUGCUGCGGCACAUGGGACUCCACAGUUAUGCUAAAAAGAUCGAGACCGCCUGCUUUGACACUAUAAGAGACAAGAAGGUUCUAACCAAAGAUCUUGGUGGAAACUCGAAGUGCUAGUUCACUGCUGACAUUUGCAAAAGGAUGCAGGACAUGGAGUGAUCAUGGGGCUUUUUCGAAAUGUUAAUGCCAUGUGUUGUUAUAUUUGAUCCAUAAAGAACAGACACUGAAGAAACAUGAAAUUAAUCUUCGUAUCAUUCUCUUAUCUGCGCACAAUAUUUACUAAGUGUCUAUGUAUUUUUUUCUUUAGAACCGCAAAGCACUGUCUUAAACUCGUCAUUCAAUGACUGUAUUUGUGAACUGUUUUAAUCUGUCAAUUGUCUAAUCUGAACUCUAUUUAUUGACAGGAUCAUUUGUGGGUUGAUAAUUUCCCUUCUGUGGUUAAUGAAGGAAUAACCUUGUGCAAAAUUGCAAAUUAGAAUAACAAAUACAUCAUGUUUCCUAUCUUUUAAUGAUUUUUGUUUUUUGGUUGAAAGAGGGGUAAAUGUAUCAUUAUAUUGUUUCACAAAAGCUAUAAAGGUGACUUUUCUAUAUCAAUUGUGAAAUUA